ACAACUAUAGAAUUGAUGGUGGAAACUUGGAAUCAAAGAAAAUUGAUGUUGUAAUGUCCGGCUCUAUGGAUCCGUUUGGCAACUUCCGCCGAAACAGACAAACGGGAAGUGGGCAGGGUGGGGCGUUGUGUCGUUGGACUUGGCCCGUAGCGCACCCGGCGACCACCGAAGAAUAUACCGGCCGCCGGACGGCCAACGAGGCGACGGUCUACCAAAUAGUAUUAGUGACGGAAGCAGGAAGAAAAAGGACAACGAAAAGAUACUAAGCACCAAAAUGGGUAAAUUAUAAUUUAAUCUCUCGCCUCUCACUGAACGGAGGAUGAAUGGUACAAUCAUUGGAAGCUAACGGCAGUUCCCUUUCCGUUCCCUCUUCUUCUUCGUUCUUCUUAUUUUUGUUUUUAUGUAGUGGUGGUGAGUGGAGAGAGACGCGCCAAACCGCGCUUUGUUAUAGUAUUUAUCCGAUUCCUUCGUCUCCCCUGCACUGUCUUCUUUCGGCCGGCCUUCCGCGGUGGACACCUGUACCGUUCUUGCCGGCGCGGUGUGGGUUCCUUCUCCACCCAAUUCCCCCUCUUCCCAACUUACAGCAACCAACCCAACACAAAGAGAAAGAAACAGCUACCGAAACUGAAGAGGUAAGUGACUCCAAUUUCGCUACUUUGCUGUUUCACCUGUCACUAGUAAGCCUGCCCAGCUACUUUUCGAGUUCCCAGGUGGAGAAAAGGACCCAACUUUGAUGAUGGGUUGUGUUUGAAUUGUUGGGUUUUGAUGGAUUACCGCUGAGGUAGAGGCAAUCGGUUUUCAGACCUUGCUCUUCAAUUUUCAGGACUGGGUAUUUGAAAUUUUGUGAUCGGAAGUUCUGCUGCGGCCGGCGGUUCCGUUGAUAUAGUGUUCAAAUAGAGAAGAUGAGUACUGUAUAUGGGAGCGCCAUGGCUAGCGUCUCCUCUCUCAACUUGAGCUGCGUGGACAAUAAAGCUGCUGGUGGGCUUGGCUUCAGAGGCAGUGAAUCGAUGGGCAAUUCUCUCAAAUUCCAUUCCGUUAAUCUUGCGACCACCAGAUACAGGCAUCGUUAUUCUGCUCCCUUGAAGGUAGUAUGCGUUGACUACCCAAGACCAGACCUUGACAGCACCGCCAAUUUCUUGGAAGCUGCUUAUUUCUCUGCCUCCUUCCGCUCUUCCCCUCCCCCACCUAAGCCCUUGAAGGUUGUCAUUGCUGGUGCAGGUUUAGCUGGUUUAGCAACAGCAAAGUAUUUGGCAGAUGCAGGCCACAAGCCUAUAUUACUAGAAGCCAGAGAUGUUCUGGGAGGAAAGGUGGCUGCCUGGAAAGAUGAUGAUGGUGACUGGUAUGAGACUGGCUUGCACAUUUUCUUUGGGGCAUACCCAAAUAUACAGAACCUAUUUGGAGAACUUGGCAUUAAUGAUAGAUUGCAAUGGAAAGAGCAUUCCAUGAUAUUCGCUAUGCCAAACAAGCCAGGAGAAUUUAGCAGAUUUGACUUUCCUGAAGUUCUCCCUGCUCCAUUAAACGGGAUAUUAGCCAUCCUAAAGAAUAAUGAAAUGCUCACUUGGCCCGAGAAAAUCAAGUUUGCUAUUGGCCUGCUACCUGCAAUGCUUGGUGGGCAGGCUUAUGUUGAAGCUCAAGAUGGUCUUAGUGUUCAGGAUUGGAUGAGAAAGCAGGGGGUACCUGAUCGAGUGACUACUGAGGUGUUCAUUGCCAUGUCCAAGGCCCUAAACUUUAUUAAUCCAGAUGAACUCUCAAUGCAGUGUAUUCUGAUUGCUUUGAACCGAUUCCUUCAGGAGAAGCAUGGGUCAAAGAUGGCAUUUUUAGAUGGUAAUCCUCCAGAAAGGCUAUGCAAGCCCAUUGCUGACCAUAUUGAGUCAUUGGGUGGUGAAGUCCGCACUAACUCGCGGAUAAAGAAAAUUGAGCUCAACAAUGAUGGAACAGUGAAGAGCUUUUUAAUGACCAAUGGAAAUGUGAUUGAAGGAGAUGCAUAUGUGUUUGCCACUCCAGUUGAUAUCCUGAAGCUUCUUCUACCUGAUGAUUGGAAGGAGAUGCCAUACUUCAAGAAACUAGAGAAAUUAGUUGGAGUACCUGUCAUUAACGUUCACAUAUGGUUUGACAGGAAACUGAAGAACGUGUAUGAUCACCUACUCUUCAGCAGGAGUCCUCUUCUGAGUGUAUAUGCUGACAUGUCUGUUACCUGUAAGGAAUAUUAUGACCCCAAUAAAUCCAUGCUAGAGUUGGUGUUUGCACCUGCAGAGGAAUGGAUAACACGCAGUGAUUCGGAGAUCAUUGAUGCUACAAUGAAUGAACUUGCGAAGCUCUUCCCAGAUGAAAUAUCUGCAGACCAGAGCAAGGCAAAAAUCUUGAAGUAUCAUGUAGUGAAAACUCCGAGGUCUGUCUACAAGACCGUACCAGAUUGUGAACCUGCCCGUCCCUUGCAAAGAUCUCCGGUUGAGGGGUUCUAUUUGUCUGGUGACUACACGAAACAGAAAUAUUUGGCAUCCAUGGAAGGUGCUGUCCUUUCCGGAAAGCUUUGCGCACAGGCCAUUGUCCAGGACUACGAGUUACUUGCUACUAGGGAACAGAAGGCACUGACUGAGGCUACUGUGAGUUUAUGAUUAAAUGAUGAAUGAAGCCUUACAGCAGUUUGGGAAGGUAGGAAGUGAUUCAGUAACAAGCAGCAGUAAAAUGUAUGUAUGGUUAAGACUUAAGCCACGGUUGUUGUGGCUAGGGGAACUGAAUCAGAGUUUGUUUGUAUCAGCAAGCAAGGCUCAGAGCCAAGUAGACCAUUCUUUCUCAACCAAAAUGUAUACAAACAAACACUGCUGUGUAAGUACGGCAGUGGCGAUAGCCGAUAUUGGUGAGGGAAGUGUAAAACCUCAGUGAAUGAAUACGUCUGUGAUGAUUGAAGAGAAAAGUAUGUGCCUUUCUUCUCUUUUGACACAUUUCAGAGCCUUUCUUCUUUGUGCCUUAACUGUGGACCUGAAAUCGUGGGGGAAUCACGAGUUUGCUCUCUGCAUGUACCAUGCAUCUCCGACACUUUCGUUGGGAUACAGAUCUCUCAUUCACCCACUACAUUAAAAAGAAUGUUUUCCCCUUUUCUUCUUUUUCGAUUUGAUACAUCUUCUUCUUCCUGGAUUGCUUCCUUCCUGAUCCCAAGCCGACGCACGUGCAAACUGGAAUUUGUACGUAUCUGAAUCUAAUGCUGCAACAGAUUUCCAUGCAAUUGAUCCAUCCUUCUGUCUCAGUCCCUCUCUCUAAUCAAUCUUUAAUGCAUCUCCCAGCUUCCAAUCCCCAUUGGCCAAGUGGCGUCAAGUUACAAGGAUUACUUUCUACUCAACCCCAUUGACCUUUUGUUGAUUGUCCUCUGCAGUACUAAGCAAAACCCACAAAGGAGCGCACUAUAUUAUAUUCAAUCCCACUUUUCUGUCUACGAAAAAAACAAAAAGAUAGGUGUUAGCAUGCGUUUAUACUUUCUCAAUCGUCCGACCGAAAAUUGAGUAAUAAUGAUGUACGGCAAAUGUUGAUAUGUCGUCGUAUUCACUCAUCUUACAUUCAACGUGCAUCUUUCAAUCACAAAGAAGACAACAAAAGAAAUGAAAGGAUAGAAGUAGGUAUACGUUUACGCCUUGCUCAGUAGUCCAAUCAAGAAUAGAACCAAGAAUCGAACGAUUAUGAUAUGCACCGAAUGUUAAUAUAAAAUCAUAUUCACU